AUGAUUCUGACAGGAACCUCACCCAUUCCGCAAGAUGAGGAAGUAGGAAUACGAUUGUUGAGGAUUCGAAGGAAUGAAAAUAAGAAUUUGUAUGAAAAUAUUCGUCAAAGAGGUAAUGAUGGAUGUUGUAGUGGUGGUAUCGGAACAACAAAUGACAAUACGGGUUGUCGUAGGCACAAGUAUCCACAUGUGGAUGAAACAUCUCACGGGCCCGUAUUGCUGAAUCCGUGGUAUCCUCAUCAUCAACAUGCAUUCGACGUUCAUAAUGAUGAAAAUUAUAGACGGAGGAAGAUGGAAAAAUUGCAUCAUGAUUUACAUUACUUGCCACCACCGCAUUACAAUUAUCGACCAUCUGUUCAUCCUGUGCCUCCACCCAUGCAGUAUUUUACGAGUGGGAAAAUUCCAGUCAUGCAGCAAGAACCUCCUCCUCCGCGGUUAUUGAGGCCAGAAGGAAAGAGAAAAUUGAGACGUUUAAUCCAACAACAGCAACAAGAUACAAAAUCUUCACGACAUCAACUCUUGUUAGAUCCCUUUCAUCCAGUCAAUAAUAAUGUCGUUGCUUGUUCUGAAGACAUUAAAGAAGACCUUAAGAAAAAACACAAAAAGAUAAUCAAACUGAAAAAGUAUGAUUCAAAUGAUAAUUCCAUCACCGAGGACUUGUCCAUUCAAUUGCUCAAAACAAAUUAUCCCAUGUAUAAUAUUGCCAAUAAUAUGCUCUUCCAAUAUGGUGAGGAGGUCCAGGAAAAUUGUACAGAAGUAUCCUGCUCCACAGAGAGCAGCAAUGCCACCGCUGUAGUCGACAAAUCAAUUCAAAUCAAUUCAACUAUUAUAGAGGAAUGCACUCAAACAGAGCAACAUGUAGUACUUCGCAGCAAUGUUUCUAAUUUAGGGACACAAACUAGCCCUGAGGAGCAGAAAAAGGUUCAACUGAAAGGAGAACAGCUUUUAGAUGUUUUAAGACAUUCCCAUAUUAUGGACCUGGAAACUUAUUUUCAAUUGAUGGAGAAACAAGAACGAGAAGGUACCUCAAAUUCUGCCCUAGAUAUCUCCAUUCUAAACAAUACAGAACAUUUUCCAGAAGUUCCUCAUGCACUAGCACCCUCAAAUCAAAAUAAGGGUAUUGCUGAUUCACGCGAUUUACCCAAUGUGAGCAAUAUUCACCACGCAUCUGUCGACUCGUCCACAGAGUCAAAACCAACCUCAACAAUUCCUCAAACCAAGAGUACUCCAUCGAGUGUUGAAAUUACGUAUGCUCUUGAAGAUUACAUGUCUCCUGUGCAAGUAGUGGACAAUAUUCGAAAUAAUAUGCAGCAAGAGAAACCAAUUCUCACUACUUCAACAACAACUCCUUCCAAGCCACAAGCUCACAACGACCCACCCACUGAUAUAAAACCAAUAUCAACCCUCACAAGAUCAAAUUCAAAAUCACAAAUAACUGAUCAACAUUUGUCACGACAGGGCUGCAACAAUGCCAACUCUGAACUAGGCGAUCAACCUUUCACCAUUAUCAAAAAUACCAGUGAGGAUCCUCAAAACAUUGUGAGCAUUCCAAAUGUUGAAACGACCCCUUCUGACAACAAUAUUGUAUCUAAGGAUGCACCUCUUCUUUCAUCUUGUAAUGAAGAUGAUGAGCCAAAACCUCCAAAAUUUGAAGAGAGAAUUAUUUAUCUUGAAGAAGAAAAGUCACAACCAUCUCUAAAUAGCCAAUCUUAUCCAACAUAUACUCCAGCGUACAUGGAUAAAGUAAUUUAUAUUGAUGAAUUGAGGAAAGAAAAACAUCCAACUUGUUCUGAUAGAAUAGAACAAGCAGAAGAGGAAACCAGUUAUUCAAGUGUGGAAAUACCUUACUUUGAGGAACGAAUUUUGGAACUUGGAAAGCAACCGACAUUGACAAACCUCAAUGAACAAACUCAUGUGGAUGACGACAAUGUAAGCAUCACAACGAUAGGCAGCCAAGAAACCUAUGAAGAAUAUCUUCAAAGAAUAGGAAUUGACAUCACAAAUAUGCCGUUUUCAUCAGAGGCUGUAAAAAAGAAGCUAGAACUUCAGAUGGCCAUUUCAGCUCGAAACUCUUUAAACUUCACAAGAGGUAGUCUUUUGAUGCCUCAAGAUUUUGAUUUUGGAAAUCAAUCGUUUCUGUCAACUCUGAACAAUAACUUUGCAAGUUCUUUGAGACAUUCAAAAGCCAUUCCUAAUGGAAAAGAAGAAGAUCAGAAGACUAGUUCUGUACACCAAGCAGCUUGCAACAGGGAGGAACAAAAUACCACACGAGCCAAUACCCAAGAUAAGAAUAUUAAACCCAAUCCACCAACUGUAGAAUCCAUCUUGAGAAACAUUUUAGAGAAUUCAAACAAAAUCAAAUCCAAACUGAACAAAUGCAACGAAGAAGCGUCUGCCAAUAAUUCACCAGCUCUGAUUAAUCAAAAGAACAUCCAUAUUGAGGAAAUUACAGAGUACAAGAGUCUCAUUUCAAAACUGGAAAAAGAAUUUAUGUCAAAUGCUGAUUAUCUUAUUGCACAAACAGAAUUGAUGAAGGAAGAGACUGAGGAAGCGUUGGGAAGAAUUGAUAGACUUCAAUUGAUCAAGAAGGAACGUUUCAACGAGUCCUUAGAUGUUGUAUAUCACCAAAAACGAUAA